UCAGCAGGCACAUGUCAUAUUUAGACGUACAGUGAAGAUGAGAGGUUGAGCAGUAGCUUCACAGUAGUGUGCUGUCUUUUGAGCCACAGGACUUCACAGCUUUCAGUUUGUUGAUGCAUUGGUUUACUAGCUUUUUGGUUUAGUAAGUAGAGUCUUUAAGAGAAGGGAAGUCUUAAGUAUUUAUAAGCUUUUAGUUUUUUUUAAGAUAAUCUAUUCUUAAUCUUUCCUUUUAGUUCUAUUUAAUUGUAAUGUAUAUACUACCCUAUGUUUUGUUGUUUUAGUAUGAAAAUGAACUGAAUAGGGUAGGCUUAGUUCAAAAUGGGAGCCCUGAAAAGGGUUAACCAGCAGAGAAUUACAAAUGAACUAUCAGGAAAGUUGAUUAUUAAUCCAACAAGAGAGAAAAUAUCCUUCCAGUUAGCAAGAAUUAGUACCUGAAGAGCUGAUAAUAUUGUUCAGGCCGUCGGUGUGGAAUGGCAAAGCCAGUGGCAGUGGUUCCUUGUGAUUUGGGAAGGUGUCAGAGGUGUUAUGCCAUCAAACUCUGAAGUGCUGGCUGGUGUGAUAGGAGAAAGCAGGACAGAAGAGUGGAAGAGCAGCCAUUAUAUAAGAAUGUCUUCCAAGCAGGCUACCUCUCCAUUUGCAUGUGCAGCUGAUGGAGAGGAAACAAUGACCCAGGACUUAGCAUCACGAGACAAGGAAGAGGGCAACAGUGAUCAGCAUGCGACCUCUCAUCUGCCUCUACAUAAUGUAAUGCACAACAAACCUCGCUCUGAGGAGCUACCAACUCUGGUCACGACCAUCCAACAAGAUCCCGAGUGGGAUGGAGUAAUCUCAGCCCAACACAGAAUGGAAUCAGAGAGUAAUAAGUUAUGUUCCCUAUAUUCCUUCCGAAAUACCUCUACCUCACCAAGCAAGCCCGACGAAGGAGGUCGUGACCGCAGUGAGCUAAUGACCAGUGUUAAUUUUGGAACGCCAGAACGCCGCAAAGGAAGCCUUGCAGAUGUGGUGGACACUCUGAAGCAGAAGAAACUAGAAGAAAUGACCAGGACUGAGCAAGAAGAUUCAUCCUGCAUGGAAAAGCUACUUUCUAAAGACUGGAAGGAGAAGAUGGAAAAAUUAAACACAACUGAUCUCCUUGGAGAAAUUAAAGGUACACCAGAAAGCCUGGCAGAAAAAGAGCGACAGCUCUCUACUAUGAUCACCCAGCUGAUCAGCUUACGGGAGCAGCUCCUGGCUGCCCAUGAUGAACAGAAAAAGCUGGCAGCCUCACAAAUUGAAAAACAACGACAGCAAAUGGACCUUGCUCGCCAACAGCAAGAACAGAUUGCAAGACAACAGCAGCAACUUCUGCAACAGCAGCACAAAAUCAAUCUACUGCAGCAGCAAAUUCAGCAGGUUCAGGGUCACAUGCCUCCGCUCAUGAUCCCAAUUUUUCCACACGACCAGCGGACGCUGGCAGCGGCUGCUGCAGCCCAGCAGGGAUUCCUCUUCCCCCCAGGAAUAACUUACAAGCCAGGUGAUAACUACCCUGUGCAGUUCAUUCCAUCAACAAUGGCAGCUGCUGCUGCUUCUGGACUCAGCCCUUUACAGCUCCAGUUUUCGUCAAAUAAGAUUAUCCACGGGAAAAUUGAAAUUACUUUUUCAAGCAAAUGCGGUGUCCUUUGCUGUGACAGACUUUCUACAAAGAGGCUGUGUUUAAAUGGAUGGUCUGAAGGAUACGUCCUGGUUUCUGGAUAUAGGUGCUCACCCCAUGCAGAGCAACUGUAUGCAGCUCAGCUGGCAAGCAUGCAAGUUUCUCCUGGAGCCAAAAUGCCAUCUACUCCACAGCCACCAAAUACGACAGGGGCACUGUCACCCACUGGGAUGAAAAAUGAGAAGAGAGGGACCAGCCCGGUAACUCAAGUUAAGGAUGAAGCAGCCCAGCCACUGAAUCUUUCAGCCCGACCCAAAACAGCUGAACCUGUCAAAUCCCCAACAUCUCCAACACAGAAUCUCUUCCCAGCGAGUAAAAGCAGUCCAGUGACAGUGACGAACAAGAGUGGCAUCCCCAGCCCGCUUGGUGGAUCUCUGGGAAGAGGGUCCUCUUUAGAUAUCCUUUCCAGUCUUAAUUCACCUGCCCUAUUUGGGGACCAGGACACAGUAAUGAAAGCCAUUCAGGAGGCUCGAAAGAUGAGAGAGCAGAUCCAAAGGGAGCAGCAGCAGCAACAGCAGCCGCAUGGUGUUGAUGGAAAAUUGCCCUCCAUGAAUAACAUGGGUCUAAACAACUGCAGGAAUGAAAAGGAAAGAACGAGGUUUGAGAAUUUAGGCCCACAGUUAACAGGGAAACCCAGUGAAGAUGGAAAACUGGGCCCUGGUGUCAUUGAUCUUACAAGGCCAGAAGAUGCAGAAGGAAGUAAAGCAAUGAAUGGCUCUGCAGCUAAACUACAGCAGUAUUAUUGUUGGCCAACAGGAGGUGCCACUGUGGCUGAAGCUCGAGUCUACAGGGAUUCGCGGGGCCGAGCCAGUAGCGAACCGCACAUCAAACGACCAAUGAAUGCUUUCAUGGUUUGGGCAAAGGAUGAGCGUCGAAAAAUUCUCCAAGCCUUCCCUGACAUGCAUAACUCCAACAUUAGCAAAAUCCUAGGAUCUCGCUGGAAGUCCAUGUCAAAUCAAGAGAAACAACCUUAUUAUGAAGAGCAGGCACGGCUAAGUAAAAUCCAUCUAGAAAAGUAUCCUAAUUACAAAUACAAACCUCGACCAAAACGUACCUGCAUUGUUGAUGGAAAGAAAUUGCGCAUUGGUGAAUACAAACAACUGAUGAGGUCUCGAAGACAGGAGAUGAGGCAGUUUUUUACUGUAGGACAACAGCCUCAAAUUCCAAUCACCACAGGAACAGGAGUUGUCUAUCCUGGUGCUAUUACCAUGGCGACUACCACACCAUCUCCUCAGAUGACAUCAGAUUGCUCGAGCACCUCUGCCAGCCCUGAGCCCAGCAUCCCUGUCAUUCAGAGCACUUAUGGUAUGAAGACGGACAGCGGAAGCCUUGCUGGAAAUGAAAUGAUAAAUGGAGAGGAUGAAAUAGAAAUGUAUGAGGACUAUGAGGAUGAUCCCAAAUCAGACUAUAGCAGUGAAAAUGAAGCCCAUGAGACAGUCAGUGCCAACUGAGGAGUGUUCACAGAAUUAAAGUACUCAGACUCAUUUGGGGUUUUGGGGGGUUUUUUUGAACAAAAGUUCUUACAGAGCCUGCAUGCAUGUGUGGCUCCUACAGUUACAUCAGCAGAAUGGUCUUAAAUGUUUCUUAAUGUGUGAGACAGAUUGUUUCCCUAAUUUUUCAUGAACUUGGGUUUUUUUUUGUUUUUGUUUUGUUUUGUUUUUUUUAACUUAGAUGAAGACAUAUAUUAAAUAUCAGACAUCAGGACUUGAAAACUUAUAUGAAUCAAUAGCUGUCUUACAAGUCUUACCUUUUGUCUUUUUCCUUUUGGAUGCUGAUAAAGGUUUAAGUUACUGUUUUAGAAGGGGGUUAUACAUUCUCACUCAGGUAUGCUGUGCCAGCCUACAGGUUGUGAAUGUGUUUUUAUUCUGGAUUAUUUUAGAAAACAAGAACUGCAGAUUUCAUGUUGUGAAACAGAACAAGUCCGCAAGUGUGCACUUCUGUGCAUCAUAGAUCAUCUUUAAAAAUUAGUCUCUGAAUUCCAUUUUUUUUCCAUAUGUAUAGCUGAACUUCUGAUGUGCCAAACUUUUCAUAAUUUUUGAAUCUUAACAUUUUAAAAGAAAAGUCUUAAAGGAGACACUGUAAAGUCUUAGACAAUCCUUUGGCAUCUUAAAAAAAAUUAUAUAUAAACCCUAGUUUUUUCCAGAAUAUGGUAAAGUACUCAGGAAUCUGGAGACAGGAUAUUCUUAAGUAGUGAAUAUGGUUGCCAUAGUGCAUGUGCCCAAUUGCUUUUGCCUCUUGAUGUGCCAUUAGUGUGGAAUUUUAACUAAGCACAAAAGAGCGGUCACCAGCUUUGGACUGGCCUGUCUUAGCAGUGUGAAGCCACCUGUGAUUACAUUCUCUACCCUUUUGCUUUUAACCCUUGCAUUCAGUCUUAAUACCUUUUCUCUUAAAUAAUUUAUUCAUUCCAGAAUGUCAAGGGUCCAAAUACUUAAUAUUUAUUUUUAAAAGUACUGUUGGUGGCAUUACACUUACAAUUCCUUAUUGAUAUUUUGAAGAGCCCCUUCUUUCUUCUCCCCUAAAUUACACAGACAUGUGAAAACAAAAGUGCACCUGCUACUAAAAUGAACAUAACAUUUAUGAAUGAGAAAUUCAGUUGUUCCUGUAAAACUGGAUGUUCAAGGAGCACUUGGAAACACUCUGCUAUAUGUAAUGCAAAAUAAAGUGAGUACUUUUAUAUGUACAUACAGUACAAAUAUUCCUAAAAAUUGUGUUUAUAGUUAUAAACCUUUAUAAUUAGAGAGCAAAGGCAGAUGUAAAAUCCAGACUGCGUAUAGAGACCACCAUGAUGAAUUUCCAGGGCUUGUAGAAUCCUGCAGUGAAUCAUGGCUCCAUGCAUCAUGUUCCUCUUACCGCUUGAAGGAACUAUUUGCUACCUUAAGUUUUAAUACAGUGAUUUAUGCGUGAGACUUGUAGUGGGAGAGGGAAGGCCACACAAAUAUCUGACUUGCAAAGCUGUGAAAAUGGGGCAUCAAAAAUAUUUAUUGAAUAUUAGUCAUUUGGGAAUGUGAGCCAGAUCUUGGUGAAUUCUUGUCAAGUGCUUUGGGAUCUUUGGAUAUGAAGUGCUAUAAAAAUAAAAUUUUUAUUUGUAUUAUUACUAGGAACAAUGCAAUUGCUAGAGAAAAUUCUGGGACAUAUAAAAGAGAGAGCAAUUCAAAGACUGUGAAUUUAUUAAAUUUCAGAGACAGAAGAAAUUGUGUUUAUUUUUUCCCCUCACAUUCCACUCCUGUUCACAAAUACAUCACUGUAUAUAUAUGCAGAUCCAAUGGGCCUUCAGCAUGUGCUGAAGCUCCUCAAUGCCCUCAGC